AUGCUUCGUUUCUGUGUGAACACCUGGUGUGCAACCAGUCGCGUCCACCUCCUUUACGUUUCUCCCCCGCCCUCUGAGAUCCCAUCGGGCCUCUCUUUCUUUGAUGCAUCUGUGCUCACGACCGGCACCCAAUUGGAAUACGACCAGUCCGACGACCCUGCGAACCCAGGCUGCAGCGUUCCUUCUCCUUGGGUGUUCAUUGACCCAUUCUGUUUGCUGCCGUUUCACGGCGCGUUCCAUGGGGCGCGUUCCGACCUGACGUACAGACCGUACCUAAGCCCGAAAUCCACAGUGACCACUCUUCGACUCACACAGACCCUCCGCAAUUGCAGUCGCUACAAGUCCAAUCACGCGUUCCAUCCCAACAUGGAGGUGGACAACCCCAGCAGCCCGUCAUCGACCCCCGCGGAGGAUAGACGCAAAUCCGGUCGCCAGACACGGCGACCCGAGGUUUUCUCCCAGAGUAACCACUCCGCCGAGGUAAAUGCUCGGGGAAAGCGCAAGCGUGGCGACCUGCACGAUAAUCAAGUUGACGAUGAGGACGAGUCCGAGUCCGACAGCGACGACGUGGAGGACUCGGAGGCCGACGAGGAGGAGCUGCGAGGAAAACGUCGCGCGGCUCGCAAGACCGGUACGAAAUCAAAGAAUUCUGCGGCUAAGAAGGGCUCGCGUUCCGCGAAGAAGCCAAAGGUCACAGGCAAUGGAGUGGGUAGACAGUUGGCCUUCCGCCCUGCCGCGCUGAAUGGUCGGUUUCCAGCCUCGCGUCCUCGUAAGCCUAGGGUUCGACCCAGCUUAGCUGCGGGCGAACAUGGCUUGUUUGCGGAGGUAUUCGGAAAGAGCAACAAUGCCGACACGGCCGCUGCACAAUGGCUUAACCAAUACCAACGCAACAGCGGACAGGCUAUGCAAGAUUUGAUCAACUUCAUUAUCCGAUGUACCGGCGCCGAACUCGAAAUCAGCAGAGAGGAAACGGCAGACGUCGACAAUGCACCGGACCGAAUCAAAGAUCUACAAGGCCUCUAUCAGGCACAAGGAAUUACUGAAUAUCCUCUCAUCUCCCAGGAAUUCGUGACCGCACUCAUUCAGACCUUCCACCACUCGUCGGUCCUCUACACCGAUGAAGCCCUGCUGGAGAAUAUCCAAAUUUGGGUGUGCUCCAUGUCGACAGUGCAUAGCCGCCCGUUCCGCCACACCUCGACAAUUAUUUCGCUAGCAAUUAUGAGCGCUCUUUGCGAUAUCGCGCGAGAAGUGACGACCACAGUGACCACCUCUCGCAAGCUGCUGGAAAGCGAAAAGAAAAAGAAGUCUGUCAACAAAGGACGCGUGGAAGCAAUUCAGACCGCUAUCUCCGAGGGUGAAGAGAAGGUCGAGCGUCUGGACGAGUUUUUGCAAGACGGAUUCGACACUGUCUUUGUUCACCGUUAUCGAGAUGUUGAUGGGGGAAUCCGUGCUGAGUGUAUGGAGGCCCUAGGUAGAUGGAUUCGCACGUAUAGAGAAGUCUUCCUCGAGGGACAAUAUCUGCGGUAUAUCGGCUGGACUCUCGCCGACGUCGUGCCCCAGACCAGACUGGUUGCUUUGACCCAAUUACUACCUCUCUAUGAGAAUAAAGAUAAUAUCGGCGUUCUUCACUCUUUCACCGAGCGUUUCCGCCAGCGGAUUGUUGAAAUAGCAGUUCAAGAUGCGGAUGUCAACGUGCGCAUCGUGGCUAUCGAGCUACUUAACCACCUCAGGGAAGGCGGUUUGCUCAAGGCCGCUGAUAUUGAUAUGGUUGGUCGCCUUAUCUUUGACACUGACCCUCGCGUUCGCAAAGUCGCAGGCCAAUUCUUCGCCGCCAACGUGCAGGAUGCCUUCGCCUUGGCGACCGAGGAAGUCGAGGAUGAGCUGAACGAGACCCUUGCUGAUGAUGAUGACGAUGAUUAUGAGCUACCCAAGCAAUCAUGGAUCAAAUUCAAGUGUCUUGUUGAUAUUUUCUACAGCUAUGAUUCUCAAGAGUCCGAAGAAACAGAAAAGGCGCCCACCACCCGAGGCGUGCUUUUGGGGGUGCCGACCGAUUCCCGAUUCGUUUUGGCAACCGAAGCCAUCUACCCUCAUAUGCCAGAGCUUUCGCAAUGGCAGUCACUAGCGGGCUAUUUGCUCUACGAUCACUCGCAAAUCGCGGACCAAGCGUCUAACGAUGACGCCCAGGGAACUGUCCGGUCUCUGUAUAAGCUUGGGGAGGGACAAGAAUCCAUUCUAUUGGACGUUCUUGGUGCUGUCGUCAAACUCCGAGUGCUUGAAAUCGCUAAGUCUGAUAUUGAUAAGCGAGGGCGCAAGGUCAAAGCACUUAGCUCUAAAAUUCCGGAGCUACAGGAGGAGAUCUCACACAGCCUUGCGCAGAUUAUCCCGCAACUUUUACGGAAGUUUGGGUCUUCACCAGAAGCAGCGUCUGCCGUUCUGCGGCUGGAGCACUUUGUGGACCUCGAUACUAUCCAAGAUCUUCAAAAGGAUGCUACAGCCUACACCUCUCUCUUAAACGAUAUCAACAAGCAAUUUUUGACGCACUCAGAUCACGAUGUCUUGGCUGAAGCUAGCGCGGCUUUCUUGCAUGCGAAGAGCUCCGAUGAGAUGCGAGAGGCACUUGAAGGUAAAAUUCAGGAACUUUGGGAGGAAGUGGUGGAAUCACUCGGCACGUUGUCUCGAAAGAAAGAGGUCCAGGUCGGCGGCUAUAUUUCUGACUCAAGCCUUACCGAUCUCUCCAACACCGUGAUGCGUAUCUCCAACCUUGCCGGUAUCACGGACUGCACAGCGAUCCUGGAAGCUGUGCCCACUUCGCGCUCGAAAUCCAAGAAGGACCACACGGAAGCUCCUUUCAAUAUUCUAAUUCACCUGGCUAAGCGCGGUGUGCGGGAAAUGGACGAUGAGGAAGAUACCGCCACAGAGUCCGAGCUGGUCACAAAUAGCAUCCGCGCCUUGCUUUUCUACUUCAUGUGGAAGGUCCAAGUUUUGACUGCUGGUCUCACCGAUGGAAAAGCUGCUUUUAACACAUCGUACUUUGAAACUCUCACAAAAAGUCGUGACACAUUCAUGUCGACUCUUCUCUCCAUCAUGGAGAAACGCCCCGGCCUCGAUGACCUACGGUUUAUUGCCACCACAACCUUCCUCGACUUACAAACUCUGUUCGGCACACUCCGGAACAUUGGCCAUGGUCUUGGCAAUGAUGAGGAUGUCGUCUUCCAGACACAAAGCCUCGUGCACGAAGCAUCUGCGAAAGCCCAGGCUCUGGUCACCAAGAUCCACGGCAUCGCCGAGCGCAACUUCGCCAAGAAGUCCCAUCGGGACCUCGAGCCUGCCGAUGAUGAUGCGCCGGCAUCCGAGGAUGAACCCGAGGAUGAGGCUGAAGCUAGUGACUCCGAAGACGAGGCAGUUAUCAACGAGCGCCUCCGCAGCAGUAUUAUGGCAGAGCAACGCCUCUGCGAGCUGACCGGCAAAAUUGUGCUUGCCAUUAUCGGCCGCGUCGUCGAUGCAUCUGGCCCCAAGCGCGGCUCGCUCAAGAAGCGCCUUCUCCGCAACAAGAGCUCUCUCGGCCAGAACUACCGUGAAGUCCUCUCAUACCUCGAGGAGCGCAAGCCUCGCAGCGUACCCCGCAGCAAGGGCAAACAGCCCGCUAAGAACGCAGCUGCUGACGAACAAGCUCCGGCGGCUUCGGGGAAAGACUAUAAGUCGGCUGAGCGUAUCGACGAUGAUGAUAACGAGGACAAGGACGGGGACGGUGACCUUCCUGACGAUCCCAUUGAAGAGGACGAUGAAGAUGAUCUCCGAGCUCGCGAACUUGUCGAGGAAGACAUCGAUCAAGAUAUUGACGAUGAGGACAAUGACCGAGCCCCUGAAUCGGACGAGGACGAAGUGAUGGGUGAUUAG